CAAUGCUAGCCAGGAGGAUUAAGAAGGAAAUUGCGCCAGGGCAAAUUAUCUCUGCCCUGCCUACAUAACAACGGCUAGACAUUGCAAUAUUAACGGCAUUUUCUCUCCCUUGCAAAUCUGACACAACUGAUCCCAAAACAGAACGCCAUAGCAGAAUCCAGACACAAUUUCAUCUUCGCUGAAAUUCAUUUCAUACGAAGUUUCCUAGAAAAGCCGGACUGGGGUGGGGUGAAAAGAUAAAUGUUAAGGGAGGACAUAUUUUCUGUAGAGUAAUAAUUACUGUAAGGGGAGUUACCACGAGCCCUGCAUUCGAACCCAUUACGAUUGUAGGUAUUAUUAUGGUUGUGCACCUCCUGAAGCUUCUUUUCGAAUGGAAAUAACUCCUGCGCCGGCCACCGGACCCCAAUUAUACUUUUGGCCUCCCGCAACUUAGCCGCUGAGUUUAGCCAAGCCAUUUACCUGUCAAUCACAGUUUUCUGCCGAUCAGAAGGAGCCGCGCAACGGCUCCGGGUCUCCUCCGCUCUCUCUUUUUGUCUGCUUCAAGUUCGAGCUCAACUCAAAACAAAGGAGACCCCGAAACAUGUGACCUCCCAGAGCCAAAACACAUGAUGUCACGGACGUGCAGGCCAAUGAGAGGCGGGCCGGCUGCAAACGUUCUUGGGAGAUGUAGUUCACGGUUUGCGAUGCAAUGCCGCGUUGCACCAGAGGGGCAGAGCUGAGCACUUUCUGCCUCUUGCCUUCAGUGCUAGGUCUGCAUUUGGUCUUGUGAAUUUGUUUUAGACUGCUUAGCUGGGAGACCAGGGUUCAAAUUCCCAGUCAUCCAUGAAGCUCACUUGGGUGGCCUUAGUCACUGUCUCAGCCUAAUCUGUCUCGCAAGGUUGUUGUGAGGAUAAAAGAAGGAGAACCAUGUACACCACAUUGAGAGACUUGAAGGAAAGGUAGGCAAGACAUGCAAAUAAAAUGGUAAACUGCCUGAGAUGCCAUGGCAGAAAGGGGGUAAACAAAUGUAUGAAUAACCCUGCACCCUGAAGCAGUUAGCUAGGAUGGAACCAGGCUGUAACACUUAGUCUUUCAAAAGAAAAAAUGUGAAAGAGAAGAAUAUGAACAAAUGGUCCAGGAGACAAAGCCUGUGUAUGCACCAUACAUUUAAAGCACAUGACUUACUCCAAAGAAUCCCAGGGACUGUAGUCUGCUAAGGGUGCUGGGAAUUAUAGCUCUGUGAGGGGUAAAUGACAGUUUCCAGGAUUCAUUAUUCAACAUUUCCAGAAAAACUUGCCCAAUUGAUUCAUAUAGGCAAUACCAAAUUGUGGCAGUUGUUACUAGUCAAGGUGUUAGUUUAUAUCACAAAUUAACCUUUGUGUGUGUGUGUGGUCCAUUUGAAUUAUGGAGAAUUUUAUAGCCAGUGCUACUAAUAAGAGUGGCUCCUCCAGAUGACUUGUUUAGAGAGCAUUUAUUCUUAUUUGCCUGCAUAAAAGCUUAUGCGGAGGUUAGACUGUGCUCAAUCUUUAUUAAUGCUUUGUUCUGAUUUGUUGGUGGGGUGGUUAUACGGCAAUGAACAUUCAUCCUGAUUUGCUUGUGGGUUGUCUAUGUGUCUUCCUGUUAAACAUUCAUUCAUUCAUUCCAUGCAUGUACUUCCCUGUCACUUUCCUAACCACAAAGUGGCUUUGUUGCACAUUUUAAUUGCACAAACCUAAUUUUUUGGUAUGCGCUUCAGUCCUUCCCACAAAAUAUUGACAGUUUGGAGGGGACCUUUGUCAGUCCUGUUUACCAAAGGUGUGGCUUGAUAGUCCUGUGACAAAAUGCCAUCUAAAGUUACUCCUAAAACAGCAAGUGAAAUACAAGGGACAAAGCGUUGGUGGGCUCUAGGGUAAAUAUAAUUUUAAAAAUGGAAACAAAAGAAGCAUAUGGAUUAAGUCUCUUGAAAUAUAAUCAAGGGCAGCUUUAUCCCUAUGACAAGAGACUACUGCAUGGUGACUGUACUGUAUUCAUGGUGGCUGCAAGUUAACAUUGUUUAUCAUGUUGAUCCUUCCAGUCAUGUGGAAAGUUUCUACACCUGUGCCAACUAUUCCUGGAUGUCAGACUGAAGCAUGGAAACUUUCUAUGCAAUUUUGAGAAUCUAUGUGAUAAACUGCAUUAGACUGUAAGGCCAGAGUGAAGAGAGUAAGUGUUAUCUCACAGAAGCCUCCAUUCCCAAGACAUCAUAAAGGUGACUCAGCCAUUGGAGUCACUCCAGCACAGAGCUUAGCAGAUCUGUUUUUUCCUGCUGCUGCUAAUCAAUAUAAUGCAUAUAAUGCUUGCCAUUAUGCUGUCUGUGAUAUGGCUGGCAUCUGAUCCAUGUCAUGCUUCUAAAGACCUAGCCCAGAUGGAUGGGGUAUAUUAUUAUUAUUAUUAUUAUUAUUAUUAUUAUUAAUGGAAAGUGGUCAGGUGAAAUUGUAUGCUUGUUGUAAUAACUGCUCACAUUUUGCAUUAAGAACACGGUUGCGUCAUAUUUGGGAAACUCUGCAUCCAUAGAAAUUGCAUUUUAAUUAACUAAUAAUACCAUGUAUCUCAGCAUUAACUUAUGAGAGGGAGGUUGUUAUUUGGGAGCUUUUAAAAUUUAUUUUUUAAGUGCUAUCCAAAAUGGCAAACGUAGCUUUGGUUCAUUCAGGCCAUCCCUGUACUGAAUUCCUCAUUGAGCUGUGUAUAGAGUGUAAAAAAUAUAUAAAGUGAAGAUACAGAGAUAGUCAGUGCAGGCAGCUAGAAAACAAUAUUGUUGAUACUUCCAAACUGGCGAGUAAUACCUCUCAAAGCCAAGACAAUUGCCAGUUGUCACCACACAAUACAUAAAUGCAUGCAUGCAAAGCUUAUUUUUACUCUAGGCAUUCUUUCAAAAUGCUGGUUGUUAAAAUUAUAACCCCAUAAGUCUCCCAUCAUGCUCAUCAAGUAUAUCUGGAUGGAUAUAUACAUACAUGUUAUGCAGCAGAAUGCUGAUUUCAGAACAGUUUUAGAGGUCUUUGGCAUGCGUUAUAAUCCCAUAUUCAAAGGCACCUUAAAAUCUUCUUUAGGUAUAGUAAAACUGCUUGGAAAUGUGUGGAAUUAAAAAAUAACAACACAACCCCACUGACUUUGUUUGUGUUAACAGGAUGAGAAAGUGCAAGGCUUCCUGUUAUGCAUGUGUGACAGCUGUAGAUAAGUGGGGAGGCCCAAACAGGAAAUCCGUCUUGCUUCUGCAGCAUGACUUGUCUGAAGCUCAGGAACCAUCUUAGAUUGAAGUAUCAAUGGCAUGAUGUGCUGCUGCUGAUCGAAACAUGGGAGACAUAGUGAAGAAGAACUUGGAGGAGGAAUCUCCGUUGCCUUUGGAAAAUGAGUGCUCCAGGAACAUGGGAGAGCUUGUGGAGGUCUCCAUCAGUGAAAGGGUUAAGUUUGAUGACACAGGCCUAUCCAUGGUGCUGCAGAACGGCUUGGAGAACCUCCGACUGGAAAACUCUCUCACAGACGUUACCCUGUGUGUGGGCAACAUGAAAUUCUCAUGCCACCGAGUGGUUCUAGCAGCGGCAAGCAAUUAUUUUAGGUAAGGGAGAUAUUUAAAAUUAAGUAUUUUCCCCCCUCUCCUCUCAUUUGGAUGUUCAAUUGCAACCAGAAAUAGUUAAGCAGGUAAGAUGGGAAAGGGACAUUUCGCGAGCACUUGAUUUGAAACCUACCCCAACAGUCUAUGAGCUUCCAAAAUGUCUAUAUUUGGUGGCAUGUCAGAAGAAGGGUGAUAAUUACAGCAUCCAGAAUAUUAACUGAGAAUGCUAGGUAUGUGGGAUAGAAAAAUUUUGAAUGUAGGAACAGACAUGCAAUCGAUUACAGUUCCCCCCGUUUUCCCUCUCCUUAACAAUCCCAACUAUGUUCAUAUAAUUGUAUUGGUAAUAAUAAAAUGAAAUAUUAAUUCAACAGCGGCCCAUUAAAAAGGGUUGUUCCACAGGCUCCUGGGUGUUUUAGGUAGUAGGUAUGUUAUCAUUAAUGCAGUUGAAUGUGUGGAAGCUGCAUGAUCCUUUCCCCAAAAAAUCUGUUUCCAUGAGGAGGGCAACAUAUGGCAAAAGCAAUCAAUGAGGGGAAAGGAGUGUGCUUCCUAUUUUUCUUGGAGUUCUAAAAUUAAGAAAGUAAUUUGAGAAAUGGGAAAAACACAUGGAAGGAAGACACUGAAAUCCAGCAGGGCCACCUUCUGUAGCGUAUGCUAGGAAAUGGUGUUCCUUCUGGAAACUGUGACAAAAUAUGCCAAAUGAAUAGUGAGAAACAAAAUACUCCACUAUCAUGUUACUAAUUACGCUGGAAAAUAAAAUAAAUUUUUUAAUCAAUCCCUGUCAGUGAGAAUUAUUGUGACAUGGGGAUAGAUUUUAUUAUAUAUUUUUUAAUGGUAAAAGAAACAUUAUUAACUUCUGAUGCCAAAAGUUACUCAGUCAGGUCAAGGUGUGACAUUUAUACUAGCUGGUAGAACAGAAGGGGGGUGAAUGUUUGGCGUAUUUAAUUCCAAAUGUAAUUGGGGCCAUUUUAGGCACUUAUUGCUGGCCUCCGUAUUUCUACUCAUCAUAAUGCAUUUUUUAAAGUAGCUAACGUAGGACUUUAUCCACUUUUAUCCACUUUAUCAAUUCACAGAAAACUAUCCCUUGCACAGUCACAGAAAACUAACAAAAUAAUUUUGACACAAGAUCUUGCCUUUUGGCAUAAGAGAAUGCUUCUGGUAUCUUGGAUAUGAGGUGUCUUACAACCAUAAUUCAAAUCUACUAGUCUCAUUUUAAUGUCUCAUUUUUGGUUACUGUUUGUGGGGAAGGGGUGAAGCGAUACUCAGAAAUAUUAAAUGACUAAGCUUGCAAUCCUGUGCAUGCUCGGGAGGAGUAUCAUUUAAUUCAGCAAGAGUUCCAAGUGAAUGUGGAUAGGCUCAGUCUGUAAAUUAAUCUUACAAUGGUGUAGCUAUCUAUACUGGUCUUCUGACAGGUGAAUAUUUGCCAUUCAGCUACUCAUAGUUAAUGAUUCCAUAAGAAUACAUAUUUACAUCAGAUAUUUCGAAAACCACAUAACGUUCUCCACCAGAUAAUUCCAUGGACCAUCCCAUGUGAUUGGCACAACAUUUUAUCUUUGGGGAGAGAGGACUUCUGAUGAUUUAUUAAGCCAAAAACAUGUACAUGUUGUUUUGAUGGAACGUGACAUUAAUAUGUCUCCACCAUGCUUAGAGCGAUCCCUCUUCUUGAGAACUAGGUACAAUAGCUUUGGUUCAGCUUUAUGCAGAAAAGGGGUUGCCUGUGUGAAGUUUACCUGGGCUCCUUUCUGACUGCUUAGCCUUGAAAAAGCCCAAAUGUUUCUAUCUUCAAAGAAGGGAAGCAAGAUUAAUAAUACCCUGCUUUAAACCAACAAGUUACACUGAAAAAAACAAUUCCAAUCAGACAAUUGACCAAGAGGUCCUUGAAACACACAAUUAUUCGAUACAGCAAUAUUUGAGUGUUAGAUGUGAGAAAACAAAUGUCAAGAGAGUGACAAUAACUCUAGGAUUAUGAAAUGCUAAAACACAGAUAUGUAUACCUAGUGUAGCAGAGCGAUUAAGAACAUACAUUAGAAACUGGGAGGUUUCCAGUUGAAAUCUCAGCUCAGCCUUGAACUUCACUGGGUAGCCCCAGACAAGCCACUGUUCCUCACCCUUAGCUCUUAUCUGUAUUAGGAGGAGGAAUAAUAAUAAUAAUAAUAAUAAUAAUAAUAAUAAUAAUAUCAUACAAAGUUAUUGUAAGGCUAUAUCAGGGCAAGAUGUGGUGGCUCAAUUAUUUCUUGAUGAGGCUGAUCAUUUAGCUCCUUUUCAAAUUGGCUUCCAUCUCAGAUUUGGGACAGACAUUCCCUUGUUCACUGUGAGAUAGACAAGGGAGUGUAUUCCCAUUGAUUUGUCCUCUCAGUGGUUUUCAAUACCAUUUACUCUGGUACCCUUCUGAACUAUCUGACUAUAUUGUGGUUCAAAUUCUCAUCUUUCUGAAAGACUUCCUAGGAGGACAUUCUGAGAAACAGCUGCUCAACCCUGAACAAUGGCUUAUGGCAGGCUUCCUCAAACUUGGCCCUCCAGAUGUUUUGAGACGACAGUUCCCACAUCCCUGACCACUGGUCCUGCUAGCUUGGGAUCACGGGAGUUGUAGGCCAAAAACAUCUGGAGGGCCAAGUUUGAGGAAGCCUGGCUUAUUGGGUACUGAAUGGGUUCAUCUGGUCCCUUGUGCUGUUUAACAUCCCCAUGAAACCACUGGAUGAUGCCCUCCAUAUAUUUCAGUUGAGGUGUCAUCAAUAUGCUGAAGAUACCCAGCUGCUCUGUCUUUCAUUUCCAUCUUUUGAUCCUAGGGAGGCUGUGGUGCUUGUACUUAUUUAUUUUAAAACAUUUAUUAGCCACUCAUCUCUCAGAGAUGGCUCAGCAACAUCUGGAGGCCCACAGGCUACCUGUCCCUCCUAUAACAUGCUCUAUAUGGGGCUGUCUCUGAAACUUCAUCAGAAACAAAAAACAGCUGCCAAGGUGUUAAUGGAGGCUCAAAGGAAAGAUAAUCUAUUCCAGCAUCAUGCCAUAUUUAUUGAUUACAAAUUUGUUCCUGGUGUCAAUUCAAAGUAUUGAUGUUUACAACCCCAAUGGCUUAGAAGGAGAACUGUGCCAUCCCAUGUGAAUUUUCCUCUGGUCAAUAUGUGAGACUCUGAUUUAUGUCUUCUUGCCAUAUGAAGUAUGACAGAUGAGCACUGAGAAGAGGUUCUUCUUUGUCCUGGCACCAGCAUGAGAUCCACACAGUUCCACCUCUGCUUGGCUUUUGGAAUAAAAACACAUUUAUUCCAUACUCAUUAGCUGAUUAGACACUGCAUUUUAUUUAUUUAUUUUAAUUUUUCAAAUCUGAAUUAUAAUAAGGCACUAUAGCCCAAUACAGUAUGUAUACAAACAAUAUAAAAAACUAAUUAAUAGCAUGUGUUAAAAACAAUCUUUUAAUAAUAACGUUCAGACUUACCAUAUAAGAUGUAUUUUAGUGUGUACUGAGCUUGCCAUAUGUUUUAUAGAUCAGUUUGGUGGUUUUAAAGGAUUGCUCUUAUGGUUUUGUAGUUAAAUUUUUUAUUAUUGCUCUGAUCUGAUAUAUAUUGUUAGCAACUUUCAAUAUUUUAAAAUAGAAAAAUAGCAUAAACAUACUUUAAAAUAAAUUACAUAUGAAGUGUUUGGGGGAGUAUUAGUAUGUUUGUUUCCAGAGUGUAUUUCAGAAUGACUGGUCUUCCAAGAAAUUACGUAUUUUCCCCUUCAGGGCAAUGUUUUGCAACGACUUGAAAGAAAAGUAUGAAGAAAAAAUAGUAAUUAAGGGAGUUGAUGCUGAAACAAUGCAGAUUCUUUUGGAUUACACUUACACAAGCAAAGUGCUGAUCACUAAGGAAAAUGUCCAGAAAGUCCUGGAAGCCGCUAGUCUUUUUCAGGUUAGUGAAGUAAAAUAUUUACAGCACAUAGAAACCAUACCAAAUUCACGUGAGUACUAGUUUUAGCUCAUUGUUUAGUGUGAAAAUGGCUAAUUGACAGCUGUUGGAUUAGUCUUCGGGCAACUUGAAUUUUACUAUGAAAAAUAUUUUGCUUUGGGAUUUCAUUGGCUGCUCUAUUUCAUGACUAGAUCUAAUGUUCAGCCUAAGUUCACAAGCAAGGCAUGCUGUGUGAAUCAAAACGUGCUUACUCAGAAGUAAGUUCAAGAUCAAUUCCGAAUUAAGUGUGCAAAGUACUGCACCCUUAAACUGGUUUUUGCUGUUUAAGGGCUGGCUCUGCCUGCCUGCCUUACCCAGCUCCUUCUUCUUCUUCUUUGGCGAUCACUCGUAGCCGAGUAAGAUUGUCUUCCAUAAACACGGUUUUAACAGUGAGUCUGUAAGUGACCGUGGAGGCCAAUUCUGGAUCCACAGGUCCUUCCACAAUGGGGACAUUGGUUUCCGGGCAGGAGUUGAUCAUGGUGAGGGUUUGCCAAGCGUGCCUUUCCCUUAGCACGUUUCUCCCUUUCGUCCUGAGUUUGAGCAUCUUCAGAGCCCAUGACACCUUUGGUAAAAGCUGUUCUCCAGUUGGAUUAUCGUCUUCCAAAGCAACUACUCUAUUCAGAACUUAAUAAUGGAAAGCGUACCCAGCUCCACCCCCCACCCCCAAAGUUGUCAGGAAGGCUGCCUGCUUGCCUAUGACAGGACAGACUGGAGUGCUGUCCUUGUGUCCAUCCCUGGUUCUGCUACUUUGAUAAUGCUGCUCCUACCCUUAACUGACCAUGAUGGCUGUGUUCUGAGUCCACAGUGAGAGGCAGCAGAAACCAUAAUGGACCAAUUUGCUCAUCCCUACACCUACCCCACUUUAAUGAGACUGGCAUAAUGAGGACUACCUAAAAUAUCUCAAAGUAGCAAGCAAGCUUUUUAAUUUUUCAGCUUGAUCACAACAAUAAUAAAAAGUGCUGAAGCAUGUGAAUUAUUUUUAAAUGGACCAGCAUUCCUUCCAGUUUUUGUACCAUUAACUUGUAAUUCCAGCCCUGCCUGGCUCCACUCCAUGUGCGGCAGAUAAAGCUGGCUGUAAAUAUGAUACAAAGGGGAAGUUUAUCAAAUGGAAUAAGUACAUCUAAUUUUGAUUUGAGAGCUUCGUUUCUUUAAAUGUUUGCCCACAUGUAUCUUUAAAAAACAGGAACAAGUGGUUUAUAGGCCAGGUCUGUUAUGAUAAGUAGCCUAAAUGUGUCAACAGGACAUGGCUCUCAGCACAAAACUGCUGUAAACACUUCUUUAAAAUACACCAUCACCAUUAAAAAUGGUGUUUCAGAUUUUUCACUUCCCUCUUUUCCUUUUAACUACUUUUUUUUUUUUUUAAAGUCAUGCACUACUUUGUACUCCAUCAACUCUAAGGUUAGGUGCAUAUUAUUUAAAAAAUUAUGGAGAAAACUGCUGAACUAUUGAUAUCUGGAAGCACCCUGAGUGCUCAGCCUUUCCUUGAGAUUUUAGCUGGGAUUUUGGUAUGUAUAGUGUUACAUGCCACUCCCAAUCUCUGGGCAGUGCAAGAUUCGAGGGAGUUCCAGGUGUACUAUCCAGGGCCCAUGUUUCCUUUGUUAUCCAGGGUUAACCAAAGGCAGCAUUCUUUCCUGAGUAACAAUGAAAACAAAUUCACAGUAAACUGAAGUCUGAGAUGGGUGCAAUUAGAACUAGUAAUCUCUCAAACUCAUUCCCACCCAGUCAAUCUGAUCUGCCCUUCACCCUCUUUCAACAUUUGAUCCAGACCAUGUGCAUGGUAUGUUGAUGCGUAAACCUCUUACACCACCACCACCAUUUUAUGUGUAUGCUGCCUUUCCAUAGUUAAAACCAUGCUCAAGGCAGAUUACAACAUAAAAAUAUUUACUUAAAUUACAAACAUAAAGGUAAAGGGACCCCGACCGUUAGGUCCAGUUGCGGACAACCCUGGGAUUGCGGUGCUCAUCUUGCUUUACUGGCCAAGGGAGCCGGCGUACAGCUUCCAGGUCAUGUGGCUAGCAUGACUAAGCCACUUCUGACGAAACAGAGCAGCACACAGAAAUGCCAUUUACCUUCCCGCUGGAGCGGUACCUAUUUAUCUACUUGCACUUUGAUGUGCUUUUGAACGGCUAGGUUGGCAGGAGCUGGGACCAAGCAACGGGAGCUCCCCCCGUUGCGGGGAUUCGAACCGCCAACCUUCCAAUCGGCAAGCCCUAGGCUCAGUGGUUUAGACCACAGCCAACAAUUUAUAAGCACAUCAAAAAGUACACAACCAAACGGAACAAUCUGCAUAUAAAUCAUAAGAUCUAAAAAUAAAGAUACAAAAAAUAACACCAAUAACAGUAACAAAACUCCCUAAACAAUAUGGCCAGGUAGAAAAAGGCCAGCAAUGCAGGGAGCAAGUCUUCCAGGACUCACAGUCAAGAUGGUGUCUGGACACUUCAGGAGCUCACCUUUUGUACAGGCUCUUACACUCUCCAAAUGUUUGUGCAAAUAGGCCCUGUGAAAUCAGUUUUGCCUACCUGACACUGUUUAUCUUCUCACUCAUCACAGAAUUCCUUUCUCCCCUGGAAUCCCCACUUACCACAUCCCAGCAUUUUGAAGGUUUAUUAUACAGAUGAGCAGCAUCAAGCUCAAUGAAGCAUAAGAAGCCCCUUGCUGGGUUAGACCAAAGGCCCAUCUAGUCCAGCUUCCUGUUCCCACAGUGACCAAUCAGAUGCCUGUGGGGAGACUGCAAGCUGAGUGCAACAGCACUCUCCCCGCUUUUGGUUCCCAGAAACUGGCAUUCAGAGGCAAAUUGCCUUCACCAGCAAUGCAUACUAAACAUGGCAUUUGCACAUUUUACAUCAGGGACAUUGCUUCCUCACAUUCUUAAGAUUUGUUAAGAGCAGUAAUAUAAACGAACAAGCACAGGAGGGCAUGUCUGCAUAGUAACUUAAUGUGCUUCCUUUUCUGCUUGUAGUUUUUGCGAAUGGUAGAAGCUUGCUCCAAUUUUCUCAAUGAAGCUCUUCAUCCAGAAAACUGUGUUGGGAUUCUGAGACUGGCUGAUGCUCAUUCACUUGAUAAACUGAAGCAGCAGGUCAAGGGGUAUAUUAUCCAGAAUUUUUCCCAAGUACUGAAUUACGACGAGUUCUUAGAACUGCCUGUGGAUGUCCUAUAUAGUAUGCUCAAGAGUGAUGAACUCUGUGUCACUGACGAAGCUCAGGUGUUUGAAAUGGUUAUAAACUGGGUGCAUUACAAAAUAGCAGAAAGACUUCCUCUCCUUCCUUACAUCCUUGAGGGUGUCAGACUACCCCUUCUGGACCCUUGGUAUUUUGUAGAGACUGUAGAAGCUGAGCCACUGAUCCGACAGUGCCCUGAUGUCUUUCCUCUGCUUCAAGAAGCCAGAAUGUACCAUCUAUCAGGGAACGAGGUGAGUUAAAUGUUGAUUGUAUUAAGAAAAAGUUCAGACUAGUGAUUCAAUGAGCUGCUUGAACUAUCUAUAGGUACUCUGCAGUGAGCUUUCUGUGGUGUUCCUGCUUGUGGCAGUGUCAUCCUGCCUUUUGGAAAUGCUAACUUCCUAACAUCCAUCUCUAUGGUAACAUUUUCAAGAAGAUAGCCAUGUUAAUCUCUUCCAGAAAAGACAACAUAUAGUUUUGUGGCACCAUAAAGACUAACAGAUAUACAGUACAGUGAUUCAGUUACUUACAUCUUUUGCCCCCGUAAUCAUGAACAUACAUACACUGUUCUUACACACAGAGCCAGUGUGGUGUAGUGGUUAAGAGCAGUGGACUCGUAAUCUGGUGAACCAGGUUCGCGUUUCCGCUCCUCCACAUGCAGCUGCUGGGUGACCUUGGGCUAGUCACACUUCUCUGAAGUCUGUCCGCCUCACUCACCUCACAGAGUGUUUGUUGUGGGGGAGGAAGGGGAAAGGAGAUUGUCAGCCGCUUUGAGACUCCUUAGGGUAGUGAUAAAGCGGGAUAUCAAAUCCAAACUCUUCUUCUUCUUCUUCUUUCUGCCUCUGGUGAAGUCCACGAAAGCUUUUGCCCUAAUAAAUAAUACUUUGAGGUGGUGCUACAAGAUUCCCCCACCUGUGACUAUUUUUCAGGUAUGAGUGUCAAUGUAUGGGAGUUGGACAGCUGCCAUACUUUCCCUUUGAACACCUUAUCAGUAUAUAUUUGGAAAGAGGAAGAAGCCUAAAGUUUGUAAUGCAGAUUCACAAGCUAUUGUUGUGGAAAGUUAAGUUCAGGAUGCUUUAUGGUGGGAGUUGGACUGUAUAUAUUGAAUAUUCUUUAAAGAAAGAAAGAAGUCUGCAUAAAAAGAAAGAGAAAUUCACACCCCUUUGUACUUAUAUAGUACUCUAUAAGUAAAUAAGUAAAUAAAAAAUUACUAAUUUUAUAUUACGCUGAUACAGUACUGAUAAUUUUAUUGAUCUAGUAUUAGUAACAACUUAUACUAGGAGUGGUGAACCUGUGGCCUUUCAGAUGUUGUUCUGACUACAAUCUCCAUCAUCCUUGACCAUUGGCCACAUUUGUUGAUGGGAGCUGAAGUCCAACAACUUCUGGAGGGCCACAGGUUUCUGACCUCAGUCACCAGUUCAGGUCUUCUACGGCCUCAUAAGCAAAGAAGAAAUAGAAUUGGGUGGCAUCAGCAUAUCAAUGGUAUUUCACAGCACAUAUUUGAAUAACUUCCCUCCAGUGGUAUCACAUAGAAGUUAUAAAGCAGGGAGGACAGGAUGAGGAGACCUAUGGAACACCAUUGCCACCCUGGGCUCCUUUGGGAGGAAGGUUGGGAUACAAAUUGCAUAGGUAGAGCAAGGCGAGAUGCAGAGCAAUAGUUUCCCAGCAUAACUUUCAGAAAAAGAUCUUCCACUAGAGCCAUCAAAAUGGUGGUUAUCCAACUUCCAUCUGUCAGUAUGAAUGCCAUCGAGAGGUCCAGGAGAAUUAACAGGGUUUUACUUCCCCUGUUAUUCCCUCAGCACAAGGUGGAGCAAUCAAGGCCAUUUCAGUGGCAAUUCAGACCUGAUUCCAGAAUGAAAUGGGUCUAAUUCAGGAGCAGCCCUCUAGACUUUGAUGGACUUCAGCUCCAGCCUACAUGGCCAAUUGUCAGGGUUGGUGAGUGCUGGAGAGUCACAUUUUCUCCAUCCCUGGUAUAAAUAGUCAGUGUUAUCCAAGAAUAUUGAAGCUAUAUGGGCACAAUUUGCUCAAUCGUUAGGGGAAAAGGUGGAGGGUUUUUUUUAUGUUAGACUAUUUAUUUCAUGAAUUUCAUAGAGUUAGGCAUGUGUGUCUUAUGAAGAAUAUUUUUAAAUAGGUAACAACCAUGCAUUAAAUGCAUGCAAACAACUCUUAAAAUCAUGCCUUCUAGAUCUUUUGGAAUAAUCUGUGAAACGUUUAUUACAAUAUAUUGUAUACACUAGUACACUGAUCGGAAUGAGUUUUGUAACUUGCAGUUAUAUGCGUUUUAUUGUAUGCUGUUUUUCUAAUCCAAAUUUUUUUAAAAAAAAUGAGCACAGCUUGCAUUCAGAAGGUGGGUAGACACUCUUGAAGGUGUCUGGAGCUUGGCAUGUUCCUAGGGGAAUUAUUUACUGGGAGUGAAGGGGGGCUUUUGUUAAAAUGUUAAAAGAUAAAGAUCUCUCUAGCUCCUUGCUUUCAUUUAGAUCAUUUCUGAAAGAACAAAGCCGAGAAUGCACGAAUUCCAGUCAGAGGUCUUCAUGAUCAUAGGUGGCUGCACAAAGGAUGAAAAGUUUGUAGCUGAAGUCACCUGCCUUGAUCCUUUGAGGCGCAGUCGUUUGGAAGUGGCAAAACUGCCCAACACGGAACAAGAAGCCGAGUGUGAGAAUAAAAAAUGGGUGGAGUUUGCUUGUGCCACAUUAAAAAAUGAAGUCUACAUAUCGGGUAAGGAAGAUCAUAAUGCCCAUGGAAAUAAAUGAGGGAGGAAAAAUAGUUACAGCACGAGACUCUUAAUCUUAGGGUCCUGGGUUUUAGCUCCACAUGGGACAAAAGAUUCCUGCAUUGCAGGAGGUUGGACUAGAUAAUCCUUGUGAUCCCUUCCAACUUUACAAUUCUAUGAUUCUAUGACCUGAGACUAUUAAACAUUAGGUUUAAGUAACAAUGUUCAUAGUUCUUUCAGGAGUCGGACUGUUGCCAAACUAUAAAUUUGUGGUCAAAUUGCAGUUAUCCUACAAUGCUUUUGUUGUGGAAGUUUUACCCUCAUUUUUUAAAAAAAGAAUUGAGCUGGCUCUUGGAGAAUAUUGCUAUAUGUAUUUAGAAAUCAAAAAUCUAGGAACCAAUUCUGGAAGUUUGGUUCUAAUUUGGUAUCUUACAUUCAUCACAGGAGGGAAAGAAACGCAACAUGAAGUUUGGAAAUAUAAUUCAUCCAUCAACAAAUGGAUCCAAAUUGAAUAUUUGAACGUUGGAAGAUGGAGACACAAAAUGGCCGUAUUGGGUGGCAAGGUGUAUGUCAUUGGUGGUUACGACGGUAUACAAAGAAUCAACAGUGUGGAGACAUAUGAUUCUUUUCACAACUGUUGGUCAGAGGUAAAGUACAGAUGUGCUUUUGGUAUUGAUGAAACAGGAAACAGACUAAAAUAACGACUUUCUACUCUCAGAUGUUGGUUAAUAGACAAAUGGUGUUUUCACACCAAAAAUGUGUGGGUUUUUUUGUUUUUGUUUUUUGCAUUUCCUGCAUCUAUAAUGCAAAUGUAAGAUUAUCUAGAAGAUAAAUUUAGAAUGGCGUUUUCUUUUUACCCAAUCAACCACCAUACAUGGAUGUACAUUAUGCAAAACAAAGGUGGCAAUUCUAGACAUUUACCUGGAAGUAAGUUCCUUUGAAUGCCAUGGGCAUCUUAAUUGUGUCAGUCGUACACUCGUCGUCACUUGCCCCCAACUCAUUUCUCUCCUCUUUAUUUUUUUAAAAAAAGAGAAUUAAUAUACAUAAGCAUGAAGUCCUGAUGAAUCUUCAGCACAUUCCUCAGUUCUGUUGUUUUGCAUUAUUAUAGGCAGCUCCUCUCAUGGUCAAUGUCAGUUCAUUUGGGGCCGCCAGUUACAAGAAGAAGCUCUAUGUGAUUGGAGGAGGACCCAAUGGGAAGCUGGCCACGGACAAAACACAAUGUUAUGACCCAGCAACAAACAACUGGAGCUUAAAAUCACCUAUGCCUGUUGAGGCAAAAUGUGUCAAUGCCACCAGUUUCCACGACCACAUCUAUGUUGUGGGUAGGUACAGCUGGAACACUUUUUCUAGAAUUCCAGUUGAAGGACAAGAAGGCAAUGCAGUCAAACUCUGGUCCCUCUGCAUUGUGAAUCACCACUUGGCGGAAUGGGGAUAGUUUUGAAUUCCAUGUUGAAAUAUUUUUUAAUGGGUUGUGCAUGCACACAGAGAAGUGUAAAUUGUGGGAUGGGUUUUAAUAGUUUUGGCUGAUUGGUUGGCAUCCAUCUGUCUCGGGAGACAAUGGAAGAAUGCACCUUUGGUGGCGAAGUCAAACGGUUGGAGAGUUACAGCACUGGUAGGAGAGGGUAUAUUAACUGUGAUUUAUCCCUCUGGGUGCCCACAUGUGUGGGUUGAAAGCAUAGGAAUUAGGCUAUAAAAUCUUGUUUGACCAAGUCCAAAAGUAAACUGGCUUCCCCUUUCUACCCACUUGACAAAGAAUCAGGCAACAAAUGGGGAAGUCAGUUUAAAAAUAAGAUUUACUUUCUUUAUAAUUGUGCAUUGUUUCACAGCUACAGUAGCAGUAAAAAACCUAUGCAGGCAAAAUACUUCUAUUCAUAUGAUUCCAUUUCAUGUCUCCUUUGCAGAGUCUCCCCAGUGCGAGGAGACAGCUUCCAGUUCAACGGAAUGCUGAAAUGCAAUGCAAGAUCCCCAGUGCCCUUUUGAAGUUUCAUACUGAUAUGCUGUGCUAUGGCGUGGUGGUGGUCACAGUUCCCAUUGAUGAGAACAACCAGCCUGGUGGCUUUCAGAUGUCUUGGGCUACAAUUCCCACCAGCCUCAGUGAGCAUAGGCUUCUGGAAAAUGUAGUCCAAAACAACUGGAAGGCACCCGGUUGAUGAAGGCUAGUUGAUGAAGUAAAGUCUUUGGCUGGCUGUCUUUUCGAAAUAUAGUGGUACUCAGGUUACAGACGCUUCAGGUUACAGACACUUCAGGUUACAGACUCUGCUAACCCAGAAAUAUUACCUCAGGUUAAGAACUUUGCUUCAGGAUGAGGACAGAAAUUGCGCGGUGGCAGCGGGUGCCCCCAUUAGCUAAAGUGGUACCUCAGAUUAAGAACAGUUUCAGGUUAAGAACGGACCUCUGGAACGAAUUAAGUUCUUAACCCAGGGUACCACUGUAAGUGUCCUGUCCUCUCAUUGUCUUGUGGGUUGAGGAAACCUGACACUUAACAUUUUGGGCUGAAGCCUAGAAUGUAUUUAAAAAGAAACAAAUUUCCCCAGAAGGAAUCCUUUGCUCUCUUCCCACUUCAGGUGGAGCUAUGAGGGCAGUCUAUUCUUACAGCCCACUCACAGACACCUGGUGCCUGGCGACCCAGUUAAGCCACGAACGAGCAAGUUGUGGGAUUGCUCCUUGCAACAACAAGCUGUUCAUCACUGGAGGACGAGACGAGAAGAACGACGUCAUUGCCACUGUGCUGUGUUGGGAUGCUGAGACCCAGAAACUGACGGAAGAAUGUGUCCUCCCCCGCGGAGUCUCCCAUCACGGAAGUGUCACUCUCCGGAAGUCCUAUACAUACAUCCGCAAGGUAGUGCCUGGAGCAGUCUCAGUCUGACAUUGCAGGGAUACUCGGGAGAAGGAAAGAAGAAGUUGUCAUGAAAUACCUCAUUCCCCCAGGUUUUUAUAUAGGAUGAUCAGGAUGAAACCACUAGGCUGUCACAGUCUUUUCAAGAAACAUGUAUUUUUGCUCAGUUUCCUGCUGUAUAGCAUGUGCCUUAAAUUAACAUCAUAUCCAGAAGGACCGGGCUAUUUGUGGACUUGUAAGCCAAUGAGACAUUCAACGAUAUGAGAUCCCCCUAUAAUUAGCAAUGCUGAGCUCUGUGAGUUGCAAUUAUUAUUAUUAUUAAUAUUUUUGUAAGGUGCCACUUUGGAUAUUACUAUUUUAUUUUUUUAAAAAAAAUCUGAUUACUUGUAUCGAAAGAUGGGAUAGAAAUGUUUUAAAUAAAUAAAGUAAAUACUCUG